AUGAAUGACAAUUUUCUCUAUUACACCAACCAGACAUUCCACCACAACAAUCACCAAUACUCCGACUUCCACCCAUUCCUAGACGAUCUGUACCACGACCAACAACAAUUCCUCUACAUCGAUUUCAACAACAGCAUCACAAACAUCAGUCUCGAGGAUCUGAAAGAAUACCUGGAGACGAACAUGGGUCCUAAGUACAAAAGUCUCAGUGAGAGCAUCAUACUAACUAUCAUCUACUCCCUCAUUUUUAUAUCUGGGAUAGUCGGGAAUGUCUGCACUGGAUUGAUUGUUGCCAGGAGGCAAGAUAUGCGUACUACUACAAAUUUCUAUCUAUGCAGUCUGGCCGUUUCUGAUGUUAUAACACUGGCUGUAGGACUUCCCCAAGAGAUGUACCAGAUCUGGAUCGCCUAUCCCUAUUUCUUCGGCACUCCCUACUGCCUGCUGACGAUCUACCUGCUGGACAUGACCUCGUCUGCAUCCGUCUUCACAAUCACGGCAUUCACCGUCGAACGAUUCUUCGCCAUCAAAUAUCCAUUUUUUACGCGCCUGUCUGGCCAGAAGUGUAAGAGAGUAACCUUCAUCGUCUGUCUGAUUUGGUUGGUGGCGGCGGGAUUCUCAAUCCCAUUCCCUCUUCAUUCCGGAUACGAUAACUACUACAGAAUCCUCCUACUAGUAAGCUUCACGUGUCUCUUCGUGAUCCCGAUUAUCAUCAUCACCAUCUUCUACACCCUGAUCGCCAUGGCAAUCAGGGAGUCUGCCCAGACGAGAAACUUCCACAGGUGCGAUGGAUCGGCCGGUCAUCACGCCAACCACCAAGCGGUUAACACUAGCCAGUCCCACAAAGCCGUCGUCAAAAUGCUAAUUGCAGUUGUGGUGGCAUUCUUUAUCUGCUGGGCCCCCUUCCACGCCCAACGCAUCAUGACGUCAUCGACAUUCGACAACUGGUCCAGUGUCGCCCAUAGCAUCCAUAAUGGUCUCUUCUACAUAUCAGGUGUCUUAUAUUACUUCGCAUGUACGGUCAACCCCAUUCUCUACAACCUCAUGUCUCGCAAGUACAGGCAAGCAUUCAAAGAGACACUGUGUCGCAACAGCUGCUGCUGUCGCAAGCGGUCGAGGAUCAACGUGACGAGGUACACGGCCACCUAUCCGAGGUCCAACAAUUUCGUUCUCUGUAACGCACAUCGAAACGCCAGCCAACUGAACAACCACUUCGUUAGAAACGGCACUCACAACGGCACAAGAGAAAUAAACUCCUCGGCCUGCAUCCACGUGCACAAAGGUCAGAUCAAACAGCAACAUAACAACUCGUGCAACAGGCGCGUGUAA